AUGGCUACUAAACCCAAGAUCUACAGCCAGGAUAAUCAGUCCCCCCCGGGAGUAGCCUUUGCUCUCCACAUCGAAGAUCCCCUGAAACGGAUACAAGCAUGCCUGGAUUCAUACAAGGCUAGCGAUGACACCGAGGUAUUUGAGUAUAGUCUCAUGGCCAAUGAUUUGCAGUUGAUCAGCGCAACUGGUCUGCCGCAUGUGGGAGCCGUGUUCGAAAUGGAUGUCAGCAAAAAGUACACAAAUACCAUGUUUAAUAUGCAGGGAGGGGCGGUAUCGCUGGCAUUUGACAUGGCCACGACGAUUGCUACUGCUCCUUGCGCGACCAGGGACUUUUGGCGAUUUCCGGGCGUUUCGAGAACCCUCAGUGUGACUUUCCUGCGUCCAAUUAAGCUCGGUAUGCGAGUGGUCAUAGACUGCGAAGUGGUUCAGAUCGGCCAAAGAUUAGCAACCACACGAGCAACUAUGAGAGAAAAGGCGACUGGCAAUAUCCUCGCCAUAUGUGAGCACAACAAGGCGAGCGUGGUGUUUAAAGAACCAAAGCUGUAA